CCCUGCUUCAACUUGCCAAGACUCGCUCUCGCGCCCAUUGUGAUGGAGAAUCAGACAGUUGCGUCCAGCGUACAAGACUGGGUGCAAGCUGUCAUUAGCCCAUCAUCUCCUCUGGGCCUCAUUCUCGCCGUCCUCCUCGUCCUGACAAUCCCUAUCGCUCUUCACAGAUCUGUCUUCAAAGCGAGUGGUCUGACUGUAUUACCCUCCAUUCUUCUCCUCGGCCCAAGUGGUUCUGGGAAGACAGCACUUCUUACUCUGUUUGAGCGUGGAACGAACGCCGCAACUCACACGUCCCAGUCCCCAAUCGCCGUUGAAUGCUCACUACCAGUUGGGACUACAGCUGCGUCCGACAAAUACCGCUCCACCUAUGAUCCUACGAAUCAGACGCACAAGAAGUUCCUUUUGAUUGAUACCCCAGGGCAUGGCAAACUACGGCACCAUGCGCUACAGAACAUCACGAAUCCAAAGAACCUUAAGGGUAUCAUAUUCCUAGUGGAUGCCGCAACCAUGUCAGCGGGGAAUGGGGGGUUGAGACAGACGGCAGACUAUCUCCAUGAUGUAUUACUUGUCUUGCAGAAGAGAAUGACUGGAGGGAAGGCUAUGAAGGCGCUGAAGGAAGUAUCAGUUUUGAUAGCGGCAAACAAGAUGGACCUCUUCACAGCACUGCCAGCAGCGCUGGUCAAGAAAAGUCUCGAGUCAGAAAUCACUAAAGUUAGGGCUUCGAGAUCUAAGGGUUUACUGGAUUCGGGUAUCGGGAUGGGCGAGGAUGUGGACGACGACAAGGACGAUUGGCUAGGAGAGACGGGGUCCAGUGAGUUCAAGUUUUCUCAGAUGGAAGAGUUCGAUAUUACCGUUGAGGUUGCAGGGGGUAAUGUUACGGGAGGCGAUGGACCAGGUGUUGACAAGUGGUGGAAAUGGGUUUCAGAGAGGCUGUAGCAAGUCCAUGAAAACAAGAGGCAUGUCCCAAAACCUUGAUCACAAGUCU